UCAUACGCAAUGGCAAAUUCCUUUGUUUUGCUUGCUUUGUGGGAAGGCACCCAGCACCCCGCUUACCAAAGGGCUUUGGCCCAGAAUUGCAGAGCUCUCCAAAAACGAUCAAAGUCCUCGUUUUGCCUGAUCUCCUCGCUGGAAAAUCCAGUGCCUGGAGCGCGGGAGGAGAGGCAGGCAGCCGCGGCUCGGCGGACACAAACCCACCCCGCUGCUGCUGCUCCUCACAGCCCUGCCCCGCGGUCUCCGCCCCGGGAGCCGCGCCGGGGGUGCCCGGCGCAGGGCCUGGGGGCACCGGCCCCUGCGGCUGCCGUGGGCCGGGGCGGGGAAGGAAGCGUCUGCAGCAAUUAGCCAGCCCUGGCUGAUCCCUUGGCCGUUCCUCAGGUAUUACAUUCAGCAAACUGGACAAGACACCUGAUGUUUGAAUAAUUAUGUUCAGGAGCAAAGCAUUCAGCCUGUUACAACCAAUUUCCUUGCUGUCUGGCCAGUCAAAUUUGGCUUAUAAAUUUAUUCAUCCAGCUGUUGUUUCUCGUGGACACUGCUGUCACAGAAGUGUGGAUUACAGAGAGAUGUACAAGACAUGCCCAGGUAGUGCUGGAGCACAAACAAUAAGUGCUCCUCAGACCAAGGUCAUGGCAGAAGAAGAGUUGCCAGGUGUUUUGAUUCUUGAUAUAGGAGGAAUUCAUGGUGUGCUCGACAACAUUGCAGCACUUUUGAAAAAACACUUUCGCCUUAUCACCAUGAAGGAAUUUCUUGAAAACAAAAAAGAAAUGAGCAAAAAAAUCCAAUCUGUUUUCGUGUUUGAGGGCAGGCCAACUAUUGACUGGGAGCUUCUAGAAAGCCUGCCUAAUUUAAAGGUAAUUGGAAACUGUGGAGUUGGAGUCGAUCACUUAGACCUGAAAAUGAUUUCUAGCUUUGGCGUAAAGGUGACAAACACUCCGCAUGCUGUGGCAGACCCAACAGCAGACAUAGGAAUGGCCUUGAUGCUGGCCUCUGCCAGAAGACUAGUGGAAGGCUGCCAGAUUGCAUUUUCUCCUGACACAAAGUAUUUUACUGCUGACUGGCUGGGAGUGGAAGUAACCAGAGCGACACUUGGGAUCAUCGGGAUGGGCAACAUUGGGUACAAAGUGGCUCAGAGAGCCAGAGCCUUUGACAUGAGGAUCCUGUACCACAACAGGAACCGGAGAAGAAAGGAGGAGGAAGAGGCAGUUGGUGCUCACUACUGUGAGAAGAUGGAACACUUGCUACAGCAAUCUGACUUUGUAAUGUUGGUUGUGAACCUGACUCCUGAGACUCACAAACUAAUUGGAAAAAAGGAGCUGGAGCUCAUGAAACCCACAGCUACUCUUAUAAACAUUAGCCGAGGUGCAGUUAUUGAUCAAGAUGCAUUGGUAGAAGCUCUCCAGAAUAAGGUUAUUCGGGCUGCUGCCCUGGAUGUGACAUACCCUGAGCCUCUGCCGAGGGAUCAUCCUUUAUUAAAAUUAAAUAACAUCAUCAUAGUCCCUCACAUUGGAACCGCAACAGUCCAGGCUACCCGUAUGAUGGCAGAAGAAGCAAUAGCAAACAUGCUGGCUGUUCUCAAUGGCCAACCCAUUCCAAAUCAUGGGAGGAAGAGAGUUACCUGGGCUUUUGGUAAAUGAAAUCAGUGGCUUACAUGGAAUACUGCAUGGCCACAUGUCAUUCCUGAAGAAACAUUCCUACCUCAUCACCAGGAAGGAACUUCUUGACGAUUGAA